AUGAAUGGUUCCGGUUUUGAUUGGUUAAAUAUAAAACCAAGUAACAGUGAGUCGAACUCUCCGGCACCGCCCGUGUCUUUUGGGUUCAACAGCAACAGUGAUCUUAAUUUUAAAAAUAAUAGUGGUCCCUUUGAUAGAUCUAGUACUGCUAAUUCAUACAAGUAUUCCAAUGCUCUGGCGGAUCAGUUGCCUUAUUCGUCACCAUCGUACCCUAAUAAUCAGAGCAACAUGGGGAAUUAUGACGACGAUGAAGCUAGUAUACCACUAUCAUUAACUGCUCAAGACUUAACGUUGGAAGAGUCCAAGACGUAUAUGAGAUGGUAUAGUGAUAUACUAGCUCGAACAAAUUCAAGAACAGUUUCAAUGAAUGAUGUUUACAGUUUUCUACACAACUUUAAAAUUUCAGAUUCGAUAAAGGACAAAUUACGAAAAAUAUUCAAUAAGAUAUUACAUUCUAUAAACAUUGGAGAAUUUUUUGCAUUACUAAGAUUGAUUUCGCAUGCUUUGAAUGGCUUAGAACCUAGUCGGAGGUUAAUCAAAGUGCAAACUUCAGUUCCUACACCCCCAUCAAUUUUGAGUAAGAAAAGACAAAGUGACGACGACGACGAAAGUAGCAAUAACGAUAAUGAUAACGAUUCUUUACGAGCCGAAGAAAAAGAUGAAGGCAAGCCGUUAGAUUUGGAUAGCUUUACCCAGUUCAUGCUAACAGGUGAGAGGCCAGGUGAGGUCAAUCAUAAAAAGAAAAAAUCAAAGAAAGUUAAAUUCUCUGACCAAAUAGUAACUGAUAUCCAUGAUUCAGUGGUUUUAAAUUCCCCCAUUCCCUCUCCUCAACCUCAACAGAUUGAUUAUUCUUUGCCAAUGGAUCAGUUAUUGGGCAAGAUCAAUCAGUCACAAUCGGCACAGCAACCCACUCAUCAAAACGAUGAAGAGGAGCGGGAAAUUUUAAAAGACAUGGAAUCUCAAAUAAACCAUUUCCAGAAUUUACAUUCUGUCGAUACUGCAUCAAUAGAUGGUGUUCCUGCGAAUAUUCAUUUCCACGAUGGCUACAGUCAAGAUAACUUAUUAGCACCCAAUAAUACAGGGCCAGCACAGAUGGCAAGAUUUUUCAGCCCUUCUCCUCAGCCUGACCAACAGCAACAACAACAACAACAAGAUUAUUUGAAACCCAAUAUGACUGGACCUGCCCAGAUGGCUAGAUAUUUCAGUCCAUCUCCACAACCAGAGCAGCAAAAUCAACAGCAACAAGCAUACCUAAAACCCAAUAUGACUGGUCCUGCCCAAAUAUCUCAAAUGUAUAAUAGGAGCUCUAUUGAUAAUAGAAAUGAUGAAAAUACUUCAUCAAUGCCGCAUGUUUCAGACCCAAGUGAUAUGGCCAAAUUAUUUGCUCCAAACAGUUCAGAUACUGAAUCAACUCCUAAGAUAUCUUUACAAUCAUUCACCAACCAAAUGACGGGUAAUACAUUAUCGAAUACCCUCCAAAACUCGCGAGUUUCAGAUAACGGAUCGCCGUCAAAGUUUGGUGGAUCAUACAAUAACCGAUCUUUACCACCUCCUCCUGUCCCUAACAACAGAAGAUCCAGAUCAGCAUCUUCCCCUACACCGAGAAAUAGCUCCCCUGCAUUUCAGCUGUCUACCAAUUAUGAUCUGAACUAUACUACGAACCACCUAGGCACUCUGAACAACCACUCCGCGCCACUCCCACCUGUUCCCCCAAGAUCACCCUUAUCAAACAACGCAAUGAACGGAACUAAUAGCAAAAGGCCGGUGCCUCCUCCACCUCCUCCAUCAAGGAAACGAAACACAUCGACAGGUGCAAACAAUAUGAUAUCCAGUUCGUCUCCACCCCCACUACCACCCAAGGUGUCUUUAAAUGGUCAGGUGCAAGAAAACGACGUUUCGGGAGUAUAUGCGAAUAACUCCAAUAAUGAUAGCACGGCCAAUAUAUUAGACGAUUUAAAAGCAUUACAGGAGGAAGUUGAUAAAAUUAGAAACAUGACUGGUGGGUUCUAG